AUGAGGGCGUUACAACUAGGAGCGGUAUCACUGCUUGCUUCAACUUGCUAUGGCUCUCCGCUUCAGCAAGUGGGUGGUGACCUGGUUGAACGCCAGUCACCCGGUCCGGGAUCAUACUUUGCCAUCACCGGUGCUACGGGAGGUGUUCACCCGCGGCUUGAGGUCCGCGAUUUGGAGAAGACGGGGCAGAUGUGGAAUCUAUUUCUUCUGGCUAUAAAAGGCUUCCAAGAAAUGGAUCAGAAAGACAUCGUUUCUUGGUAUCAGAUUGCUGGUAAGAAACCGUGGGACGGCGUGACCGGAACGACAGAAGGAAGAUCGGAGUCUCAGAGAGGAUAUUGCCCGCACUUCAACUUGCUCUUUGGAACUUGGCACAGGCCUUACUUGGCACUCUUUGAACAACAACUUCAAACCGUCGCCAAGCAGAUUGCAGACCAGUUCCCCACGGAUACAAGGAGCGCGUAUCAGGACGCUGCCAACAAACUCCGUGUGCCUUAUUGGGACUGGGCGAAAGCGGUACCGGACAGUGAACCUGUUGUGCCGACCGCUCUGUCAAAUGAUAAAGUACAAGUCACUUUUCCCAACGGCACCACGAGCGAGAUUGUCAACCCAUUAUUCGAGUAUCGAUUCCAUCCGUUGGACAACACAGAGAUAAAUGCAGAUGGCUGCAGCACCGUCUUCACCCGUGAUGGCCCCCGCGGCGGCGACCCGGAAGUCUGCGCCACAUCUCCGAUGACAAUCCGUCGUGGAAAGCCGACCAGCGACCACGUGAGUCUAAACAAGGAUCUCCGCCGGAUCCUGCCAGGACAGCGAACAAGUCUCUACACAAUGCUUUCUAACUGGCAGCACUUCAAUACUUUUAGCAACGAUGGCACGUGUAGCCAGGUUGGGCCCGUCCUGGGCUCUCUGGAGACGCUGCAUAACCCCAUUCACACUAACAACUGGCCGGGACAUAUGAGUCCUCCUGCUGUGUCUGCUUUUGAUCCUAUGUUUUGGCUUCAUCAUGCCAAUGUCGAUCGUCAGAUGGCUCUCCACCAAGCUCUGUACCCCGAUACAUAUAUCGAGCCAUGUGAAGCGGCCACACCCACGUAUACUAUCAAUGUCGGCGACAUUCUGGACAAAGACUCACCGCUUACGCCUUUCCAUAAGAACGCCCAAGGCGAUUUCUGGACCAGUGCAAACUCUCGUAACAUCCGCGACAUGGGCUACACCUACCCGGAACUCGCCUCCAACCCCUCCAACGCCACCCUCAUCGCCAGCAUAAAAUCCCAAUACCAAGACGUCGUCACCCUCAAAACCACCAAAAGUAAACGCGCUGACGCCCCAGUCCCUACAAACGGCACCCUCUACCUCGCUCAAAUCACCUUCCCCGUCUUCGGAUUCCCGGAUGGCAAAGGCUCAAGCCAGCCGUACAACAUCCUCACGUUUCUAGGCGAAGUGCCCGAGGAUCCGAAGAAGUGGCUCGAGGCGGACUCGUUCGUGGCAAUCACCAGUACGAUUGGUGGGCGGAAGAUGCAAGGGGAUCAGAAGGCUACUUUUAUGGUUGAUUUGGAGGCGGCGUUGGCGAAGAAGGGGAAGAGCGCCGAGGAUGAAGGGGUUGUGGAGUUUUUGAAGGGGAAUCUGAAGUGGAGGCUUGGUCUGGGCGAGUUUGAAUUUACGAGGGAGGAUAUCAAGGGCGUUGAGGUCAAGUUGGUGAGCACGGUGGUGGAGUACUCGAAUAGGGAGGAUGUGUUUGAUCGGCAUGUCGGUGGGUAUACGGAGUAUGGAUUGGUUGAUGUGUAA